UAUUUGGGGAAAGCGAUAGCCAUUAGGAGUAGAGAGAAAUAAUGCAUCUGAGUGAGGAGGAAGGGAUAGAGAAUAAUAGUUUCGUGGUGACAGGUGGACUUGGCUUUGUAGGGUCGGCGCUUUGUAUUGAGCUUGUUAGAAGAGGUGCUCGUCUUGUUAAAGCCUUUGAUCUUCGUACCCAUUCUCCUUUCUCCCCUCUACUCCUUCAUCACGGUGUUCAUCUCAUCCAAGGGGAUAUAACAGACAAACAAGAUGUUCAGAAAGCACUACGAGGAGCAGAUUGUGUUUUCCAUCUUGCUUCCUAUGGCAUGUCGGGGAAAGAAAUGCUCCAAUAUAGUCGUGUUGAUGAGGUUAAUAUAAAUGGAACCUGCCACAUUAUUGAUGCUUGCCUUGACCAUCGGAUUAAGAGGCUUGUUUAUGUGAGCACACCUAAUGUUGUUUAUGGUGGCAAGGAAAUUGUUAAUGGCAAUGAAAGCCUACCUUAUUUCCCUAUAGAUGACCAUGCUGAUCCAUAUGGACGCAGCAAAUCCAUUGCCGAACAAUUAGUCCUAAAGAGCAAUGGUCGUCCCUUCAAUAAGAAGAAUGGGAAAUGCCUUUAUACAUGCGCAAUUCGUCCAGCUGCUAUUUAUGGGCCAGGUGAAGAAAGGCACCUGCCGAGGAUCAUAACUCUUGCAAAGUUAGGUCUGCUUCCCUUUAAAAUAGGUUCACCAAAUGUGAAAUCAGAUUGGGUGUACAUGGACAAUCUUGUAUUGGCGCUUUUAUUGGCUAGCAUGGGACUUUUGGAUGACAUCCCUGGUAGAGAAGGGCAUCCAAUUGCUGCUGGUCAGCCUUAUUUUAUAUCAGAUGGUUCUCCCAUCAACAGUUUUGAGUUCCUUCGCCCUUUACUGAAAAGCCUGGAUUAUGACCUACCAAAGACAUCACUAGCUGCCUCUCAUGCUCUUCUUCUGGGAAAACUUUUCUGGGCUUUCUACUCCUUCCUGUAUCCCUGGUUAAAUUGUAGGUGGCUUCCUCAACCUCUGAUCCUUCCUGCUGAAGUUUAUAAGGUUGGUGUCACUCAUUACUUCUCAUUCCUAAAAGCAAAGGAGGAGCUUGGAUACGUCCCAAUGGUGAGUUAUAAGGAGGGCAUGGCUGCAACCAUCGCAUAUUGGCAAGAAAGAAAAAGGAGGAGUUUGGAUGGACCUACAAUAUGGGCAUGGCUGUUUUGUGUGAUUGGAAUGUCAUCAUUGUUUGCUGCUGCAUACCUGCCCGAUUAUGGACCCAUUCCCUUUAUUAGAGCAGUUCACCUCUUCUUCUUUCCCUCUAUGUUGGUAUUGAAAUUAAUGUUUGUUCUAGCGGCUGCUGCACAUUUAGGUGAAGGUAUAUAUGCAUGGAAUCUUGCAAAAAGAAUAGAUCCUGCAAAUGCAAGAGGGUGGUUUUGGCAAACAUUUGCUUUGGGUUUUUUCUCCCUACGAUUACUACUGAAGAGAGCUAAAAAGUAGGAUUACCAUAUUUCUUUGUCUGACUUUAACUAUGAAGCAAGUAGUCGCAAUCACAUCAAGUUGAGAAAUUGUGACCAGUUUCCAAUACUUUCCUCAAUGUUUUUCUCCUUGUUUUUUUAUCUCAGGGAACUAUUCUUUAUUUUGUAUAAUAUUUGACUGCAAUGAGUUCAAAUGGACCGACUUGGUCAAUAAGGAUUCAUAUUGUUGACCUCAA